CCAAGAUCUCGACGGUGAGAAUGGCAACGGCGCAUUGCUCACCAAAAGCGAGAGCGCGAUGAGACAAGGAAGGGGGUGAGGCGGACGGCGGCGGGGCCAUCGGAAUAGGCGGGAGGCGACGACGGGAGGACGGCGGACUCUCGCCGAGGCAGAUACAGCGGAUUGGCACGAAGAAGUGGAAAGCACAUGCCCAGCGGGGGCGCCCCUCUCGCCGUCUUCCUCGUCUCGUCCCUCAAGGCCGGCGCGCGCCUCCGCCACGGGGAGCAGCUCCACGCGCUCGCCGCCAAGUCGGGCCUCCUCGCCUCCAACCCCUUCGUCCGCAACUCCCUCCUCGCCUUCUACGCCCGGCUCCCCUCCCCCCAGGCGCCGGCGCUCGCCCGCCACCUGUUCGACGAAAUACCCCUGGCCCUCCGCGACCCCGCCGCCCACAACACCCUCCUCGCCGCCCUCGCCCGCGCGGGCCGGCUCGACCUCGCGCGGCGCAUGCUCGCGGAGAUGCCCCACAGGGACACCGUCUCGUACACCACCGUCUUGACCGCCCUCGCGCGUGCCGGCCAUGCGGAGGACGCCGUGGCCGUCUUCCGUGGCAUGCUCGCCCAGGACGUGCCUCCCAACGAGGUGACUCUUGCGGGCGUGCUCACCGCACUGGCCCAGGAGAGGCCCCCGGUGCCGGUGGGUGUGGCGCAUGGAGUCGCCGUGCGACGUGGGCUCGACGGAUUUCUCAUUGUGGCCACCAACCUGGUCCACGCUUAUGCAGCAGCGUCACAGGUUUGUUUUGCCCGUGAGAUCUUUGAGCAGAUGCCGCAUAAGAACACAGUCACUUGGAAUGCCAUGCUUAAUGGUUAUCUGAAGACUGGGAUGGUUCAUAUGGCUGCUGAGGUUUUUGGGAGGAUCCCGGAAAGGGAUGCGGUCUCUUGGUUGACGAUGAUAGAUGGGUAUAUCCGUGCAGAUUGUGCAUCAGAAGCCCUGAGGGCAUAUGUUGCCAUGAUGGCUGAGGUGGACACGAGGGGCAAUGCGGCGCUGCUUGUUGAUUUGUUAAAGGUGUGUGCUCGACAUGCUGCGGUUUUAGAAGGGCAGCAACUACACACAGUCAUUCUGAAGGAUGGUUUUGAUGCCCAUCCGUUUGUGCAAGCGACCCUUAUCCAUUUCUAUGGUUCUUGUGAUCGUCUUGCCCUUGCCCGGAUGCAAUUCAAAUUAUCAGACAAGUCACACAUUGCAUCUUGGAAUGCUCUCAUGUCUGGUCUACUACACAGGAACCUAAUGCGUGAAGCAAGGCAACUGUUUGAUGACAUGCCUGAGAGGGACACCAUUUCAUGGAGUACUUUGUUAUCUGGGUAUGUACAGAGUGGACAUUCAAACAAGGCUUUGCAGCUAUUCUACUUGAUGCUGGGUGCUGGUGUUGAACCAAACGGCAUCACUUUGGCAAGUACUCUAUCCGCAGUUGCUGAUUCUGGCACAUUGGAGCAAGGCAGAUUUAUUCAUGACUAUAUAAUCAGCAAAUCAAUCCAACUUACAGACAACCUGAGUGCUGGACUGAUUGAUAUGUACGCAAAGUGUGGUAGUGUCGCUGAUGCAGUUCAAUUAUUCAGUUAUGUUAAGCAUAAGUUAUCUUCUGUGUCUCCUUGGAAUGCUGUCAUCUGCAGUUUAGCCAUCCACGGCCAUGCACACACGUCGCUUGAACUGUUCUCAGAACUACAAAGCACCAAUAUUAAGCCCAACUCAGUCACAUACAUUGGUGUCUUAAAUGCAUGCUGUCAUGCUGGGCUGGUAACCGAAGGGAGGCACCAUUUUGAGUCCAUGAGGAGAGAAUAUGGAAUCCAACCAACAAUUAAACACUAUGGUUGCAUGGUUGAUCUUCUUGGUCGAGCUGGACACUUGGAAGAGGCAGAAAGUCUUAUCCAGAUGAUGCCUAUGAAAUCAGAUGUGGUGAUAUGGGGCAGCAUCCUUGCAGCCGCGAGGACACAUGGAAAUGUAGCCUUAGGAGAAAAGGCUGCGGAAGAAUUAGCCAAGAUUGAUCCAAACCAUGGAGCAUCCAAAGUGGCCUUAUCUAAUAUCUUUGCUGAGGCUGCUCGUUGGAGUAAUGUGUCCUUGGUGAGGAAGGAACUCCAGGACGAAAAUAUUGAGAGGUUUUCUGGAAGCAGUGGAGUUGUUCAGUAAUGGGUCAUUUCAUUUCCUGAUUGGAUUCUUCUUGUGCAACAACUAUGAUAGCAAGCAGUUUCUUUUGUGUGAUUAUUCAUUUGGUUUGCCGUACGUACAGUUAUGAUUUGUUAAAGAACUAAAAUGGCAGCAACUGAAUAUAUAUGACAAAGCUGACAGGCAAUACAUCUCCAGAAAACUGCUAUUUUCUUCUUUAGGCAGUUACACUACUCCUUUGCAUGUAAAACUGCUAUUUAGAAAAUCUAUGUAUGAACUUCAGAACAAAAUAUUUAAUUGCACGUUACUUACCAUUAUGUCACAUGUGCAAAUCCUAAAAACAUUGUCUUGCUUCCUAUCCUUUUGGACCAAAUUUGCCUGGCCGUUCUUGCUUUCACUUUCUGCACUAUGUUAAAAUCACAUGGAUAUUCAGGAAAAGGUUAGGAUGCUACGAGAAAUAUCAGUCUUUCUUCUCACAAUAUAUGCUUUACACAUUUGCUUCAGAUAUAGGCCUUCUAAAUGGUAUCCUCGCAUCACAGGUUUUGUGUUCAGAUUCUAUGCAGGCAGAUUUAAGAUUAUCAAGUUCAGUUUUGAUUUGCUCUUCUCUGUAGAGAUUUUUCAUGCUCGAUUGUUUUUUUCCAUUUACCAAUCUAGAAUUCAUAUGAGACAUGGUUUGCAUGUCAGUGCCGAUUACCUCUGGUUUGGUAAAAUAGUUAACAAGUACUCCCUCUGUAAACUUUUAUAAGACGUUUUAGGUCACUAAAGAAGUUUAUAGAGGGAGUACUGAUCAUGAUUCAUGUAGGUGGUAAAGGUUGUUACCACAAUGGUGUUCCCUUUCUUUCUGUGUAGUUUACAGUGGUACAUUGUGGCAAGCUAGCAUUCAGUUUUUUUUCAUCCUUAGAAGGGAAGAAUUGGCUGCUUCCUAGUUCCCUUUAUGUACAUCAAGAUUUUUUUUCUCAAACAGGCACCUAAGUGCUCGUCAUUGUAUUAGAAGGAACGCCAAGAUGGUGGGAGUCUUACAAAGACGAACUAAAAAAUGAAAGCAAAAACAGAAAGCAAAGGCAAAGAAAGAAACAUUAAAAGAAAACUGUACACCAGCCUAGCGUCAAUUUCAGGGCGUCAAUUGCAGCACUAUAGUUGCAUCGACCAUCCUUAAAAUGAUUACUCAGAUUUAGGAAUGUGUUGCUGAUUGCCAAGUAGGCAGGUUUGUAUCAUCCUAUGAAUCAUAUGAGAAGGGCUGUAGAUACAUAUGUUAUCAUAAAACUCCAGUGUGCAUUAAAGCAUGUUCUUAUUCCUUUAUUUGUGUCAUUUUUGUUUUGUAGUCAAGUUGCAUGGUUCACCUUGAAGUUGUGAUAAUGUCGAUAAUUUUUGCAGUAUCUAUCUUAGAGUCUGAUGGAUAUGCCUCAUGGUGUUGCAUUUACUCUCAAAUCAAGACAUCUUUCUCCUCUCGUCAAAGGUUGCUACAAAACAAUAUAGCUCGGAGUUCAGAUGUGAACUAAUCAAAUACAAGCUGCAAUGAGCCUAGGCUGUUCAGUAACAUUGUUAAAGGAAUAUUUCGACAAAAGGGAUUUUACUACUGCCAUUGUCAUGGGUUCAAGUCCUGGAAACAGCCUCUUACAGAAAUGUAGGGAAAGGCUGCGUACUAUAGACCCAAAGUGGUCGGACCCUUCCCUGGACCCUGCGCAAGCGGGAGCUACAUGCACCAGUUUGUUGAAGCUGGUACCAUGAUUUCGCCCACAAUUUAAACCAGGCGUCAGUUGUCAUAUCAUGAAUGACAUGCCGUGAUAAGUUCUGGCUAAUGCAGUGCAGACUCUGUUGAUAAGGCCAGUAGAAAAGGCAGCAUAUAUAUGCAAGCUCACUAACAUUAGCACUUCAAUUUUCCCUGACCCCAUCUAUUUGAUGAGGAGAGGUGUGUAUCAAGGAAAAGUAAACAAGAAUAGGCAUUUUCCUUUUGAUCAUUGCCCUGCAAACUCAGAAUUCUUGCCUAUAAUUAUUUGGGCUGCAAUAUGUGAGCUUAGGAUACUGUUUCCAAUUUUCUAACCUUUUCUUUUCUGUGCAAGGGCGGCAAUAUGUUUGAAGAGUGAGUCAUUUAUCACCCAUUGUAUUUGUGUAUGCUGACAUAUGGAAGAAAGUGCUAAGUUGUACAGAUGAUUCUUCAUGUAGCCACAGAUGGGGGAAAAUAUUCUUGUGUAACGUAAACUCAGUGAAGCAGCAAGCUUUUUGCUUGACUGAGUAAUACUUUUGUUUCAGUAAUACUCCAUCAUUAGUACUUGUAACGCCAGAGUUUUUUUUUUAAUCUUA